ACCGUAACAAAAAUAACGUGACACUGCUAAGAGAGUGAGAGAAAUUGGCGGCGGCGGUGGCGGCGGCAUAGAGUGGAAGUAGUAAGGAUCAAUGGCAGUUCCAGGGAGGCGCAACGGCAUGAACGACGACGAAGAGGAAUUAGACGACAACGCCCUUUUCGAAGAACAAGGUGCCGUCGAAGACGACGCCGAUACCCCUCCUCACCUCCGCGACCUCUCCGCCGCCGCUCAGCUAGGCGACGUCCACGCCCUCCGUAUCGCUCUUGAUAACUUGACUGGUACCCUUAUGCUAUAUACUGCAGAUAACUUGACUGGUAGUAUUGAUGAGCCAGUGGAGGAUGGGGAUACUGCUCUUCAUUUGACAUGUCUAUAUGGCCAUUUGGCUUGUGUCCAGCUGCUACUAGAAAGAGGGGCGAACAUUGAGGCUAAUGAUGAAGAUGGUGCUAUUCCUUUGCACGAUGCUUGUGCAGGAGGAUUUACUGAGAUUGUCCAACUGCUGCUUAGCAGAGCUAAUGAUGCUGAACAUAUAAAGAGAAUGCUAGAAUCAGUUGAUUCUGAGGGUGAUACCCCUCUCCAUCACGCUGCUAGAGGUGAGCAUGUUGAAGUAAUUAGGUUGUUGCUGUCUAAUGGUGCAUCUCCCACAAAGGCUAACUUAUACGGAAAGGCCCCUGCAGAUUUGCCUGAACAGGAAGCUGCUCGGAGGCUGCUUGAAGCUGCAGCUCUUGCCAUGGCAUGCCAAUAGCAUAUCAGUAGAAAUAUUUAGUUCCAUUUUGACAGAGAUGCUACACUUUUCGGACCAUAAAAACUGUAUUUCAUACACACUCUUUCUUCGAAGUUCAAAAAGCAAAAUGAUUUAUUAGAGGAGCACCAUAGGGAGUUUUAACUUUCGAGAGAGAUAAAAAUGAGGAUUCCCGGGGAUUACUUAUAGUGGACAAACUUGUUUGUUUCAUUAGUUUGCUUAUUUGAAAUGUAUUUACUCUUCAACAUGUCAGUGAACUAUGACUGGAUAGUUAUACUUGUCAUUCAGUUUGUGGCAUAAUGUUGCUGGUUAGAUUUUGAUA